AUGACAGACGAAAAGGCGCCCAACACUGAGAAGCCAUUGAGCCCCGCAGGAAACACACCUCCGGUAUCGUCCAGACAAGCUGCGCAGCGCCGGUUGCUGGCAGCUCUUCUGACUGCAGAUAGAUUUAAUGGACGUCUGAAUAAAAUUCUAGCGACAUCAGCCGGCCAAGAACGCGUCUUCUCCUUCAUCCAGUACACCUCGCACAUCCUCCACCACGUCCUUGCCUCCGCGCCCUGGAUCGCGCUCCAAACCCGUCUCAGCCUCCUCGCGCGACUCCGCUCGAAGACAACCCCAUCAACUGCGAAACCAACACCAACACCACCAUCAACCCCGCAGACCUCCCCCCUCCUCGCUCUCUCCUCCCUCAUGUCCGAAGCCCGCUUCAUGCUGCGUCUCCUAGAUCUUCCCCAACUGAUAGCCUGGGGUUCAGCGACGCUAAAAUCCCCACCGGUAGACAAGACCAUUUACGCCCUCACGCUCCUUCAAGUCCUCGCAAACAUCAUCUACCAAGCGCUCGAGAACUCCGCAUUUCUUACGACGAAAGGCGUCAUACCCAAGCGAUUUCUCGCGCGGUGGGGUGGGGCGGCGAAGGUGGAUAUCUGGAGUACAAGGGCGUGGCUGGGCCAUAUCAUUCUACAGUACUUCGUGCUGUGGAGAGCGAGGGCAUUGCGGAAGAAAGCUGAGGCUGAAGGGGAGUCGGCUGAGAAGCGCGAGGAGCUUAAUGCAGAGGUUAAGGCAUGGAAGAAGAGUCUCGUGAAUAACGCUUGCUGGACGCCGCUGUGUCUGCACUGGAGCUUUGAGAAUGGCAUUGGCUUCCCCGGUCAUUUGGUCGGCGUCGUCAGUUUCAUGGCUGGGGCCUGGGGCUUCGCGGAUUUAUGGGCUUCUACGCUGUAG